AUGAAAAUGAGACCCAACCAAUCGUACAGCUUCGGACCUAGGCGGUUUGUCUUAUUGAGAAAACCUGGAUGCAGAAACGAGGGCGGCAAGGCCAAGACGCGCUCCUCCCGCGCCGGCCUGCAGUUCCCGGUAGGGCGAGUCCACCGCCUUCUGCGCAAGGGCAACUAUGCCGAGCGGGUCGGGGCCGGCGCGCCCGUCUACCUGGCGGCGGUGCUCGAGUACCUGACGGCCGAGAUCCUGGAGCUGGCUGGCAACGCGGCCCGCGACAACAAGACGCGCAUCAUCCCGCGCCACCUGCAGCUGGCCAUCCGCAACGACGAUCUCACUAAGCUCUGGGGUCGUGUGACUAUCGCGCAAGGCGGUGUCCUGCCCAAUAAGACCGAGAGCCACCACAAGGUCAAGUUGAAAGUUGGAGUGAUAACUCGCUAGAAUAAAAUGG